AUGGUGCUCCUGCAAGUCCUCGCGCGCGCGACCAAGCCGGCCUUCAUCCUACGCUCGAUGGCGCCGACGAGCUCGGUGCUUGGCAGCGCUGACCAGCGCCGCUGCAUGGGCCGCGGUCCGACGAUCCAAGGCAAGAAGAGCCUCACGGACGCGAAGCGGACGCUGCUCUUCGGGAAGCUCGCUAAGGAGCUCAUGGUCACGUCCAAGCUCACGGCGGGCGAUACCAACAACAUUCGCCUGGCGUCGGUGAUUUCCAAGGCCAAGGCGGCCAACAUGCCCCGCGACAAGAUCGAGUACGCGGUCAAGCGAGGCGUCGAGGGCAAGUCGGGUGUCAUCACCGAGACUGUCGAGUACGAAGCCACGGGGUCCCACGGCAGCGCCUUGAUCAUCGAAGCGCUCACAGACAACCGGAAGCGCACGGCGCCGGCGCUGCGCCACAUCCUGAGCAAGCACAACGGCAACCUCGGCGCCAACGGGUCCGUCGCCUGGAUGUUUGAGCGCAAGGGGUACUUUGAGAUCCAAAAGCCGGACGACGACGCCUUUGCGUGGGACGAAGAGAGCGUCAUGAACCUGGCGAUUGAAGCGGGCGUCGACGACGUCGAGUACCGCGAGACCAUGGCGCAGCUCAUGUGCGAAAGCAGCGAACUCGCGGCCGUGCGCACCAACCUCAUGGAGGCCGGCGUCGUGCCGCAGGUGAGCGAGCUCAUCUAUUCGCCCAAGGAGUACCUGGUGCUCGAAGGCGACGCCAAGGCCGAGUUCGACACGCUCCUCGAGGCGCUGCAGGACAAUGAAGAUGUCAACGACGUCUACCACAACGUCGACGAAGACUAG